AUGUCCUGCCAGCAGAGUCAGCAACAGUGCCAGCCUCCUCCCAAGUGCAAGAACCCUACUUCUUCCUGCUGUAGCCUGGGCUCUGGCGGCGGCUGCGGCUCCAGCUCUGGGGGCUGCUGCAGCUCUGGGGGUGGCAGCUGCUGCCUGAGCCACCACAAGCCCCGAUUCUCUUUCCGUCGCCGACGUCACAGCUCCGGAUGCUGUAGCAGUGGGGGCAGCAGCAGCUGCUGUGGCAGUAGCUGUGGGAGCAGUUGUUGUAGCGGCAGCAGCGGUGGCAGCAGCUGCUGUGGUGGUGGUGGCAGCAGUAGUAGCGGCGGCGGCAGCUGCUGUGGCAGCAGCGGUGGCGGCAGUAGCAGCGGUGGCAGCAGCUGCUGUGGCAGCAGCGGUGGCGGCAGCAGCGGUGGCAGCAGCAGCGGCGGGGGCAGCAGCUGCUGUGGCAGCAGCGGCGGCGGCGGCGGCAGCAGCAGCAGCGGUGGCAGCAGUAGCCAGCAACAGUCUGGGGGCUCUAGCUGCUGCUCUGGAGGUUGCUGCUGACCUGGGGAAGAGGACCUUGGAAAGCAGCACCGCCGAAGACCCGCCAGCCAGAGUGUCUCCUUUUCUCUGGUUUUCCUGCAGAAAUACUUCUAGAACUCUG